AUGUCGAUGAGCCCCAAGCAUACGACUCCUUUUUCUGUUUCCGAUAUCUUGAGUCCCCUUGAGGAGAGCUAUAAGAAAGUAAGUAUGGAGAAUAACAACUUGGGGGCUCCUCUCACUUCUUACCGGCAGCCGCAGGUCUCUCAGGCGGCGAUGCAGCAGCACCACAUGGGCCAUAAUGGGACUGUGUCUGCGGCUUACCACAUGACUGCUGCAGGUGUUUCUCAGCUGUCACACACGGCCAUGGGGGGCUACUGUAACGGCAACAUGGGCGACCUGCCGUCUUACCAGGACGGCAUGAGGGGCAGCGCCACUGCCACCGGCUGGUACGGAGCCAACCCAGACCCGCGUUUCUCCACCAUUUCUCGCUUCAUGGGCUCCUCGUCGGGGAUGAACAUGGGCAGCAUGGGCAGCCUCAGCUCCCUGGCAGACGUGGGUAAAGGCAUGGGCUCUCUGUCCAGCACCCCGAGGAGAAAGAGGCGAGUGUUGUUCUCCCAGGCUCAGGUGUACGAGCUGGAGCGACGCUUCAAGCAGCAGAAAUACCUUUCGGCGCCGGAGAGGGAGCAUCUGGCAAGUAUGAUCCACCUCACCCCGACCCAGGUGAAAAUCUGGUUUCAGAAUCACCGGUAUAAGAUGAAGAGGCAGGCGAAAGACAAAGUGUCCCAGCAGCAAAUGCAGCAGGACAGCGGCUCCUGUCAGCAGCAGCAGCAACAGUCGCCCCGGAGGGUGGCCGUGCCGGUGUUAGUGAAGGACGGGAAGCCGUGCCAAGGCAGCGGCCACACGCCCACAUCCUCCACACAGACCCACCACCAGCAAGGGGGCAAUGUCAUGAUCAUGUCCAACAACACAUCCGGCCUCGGGCAGCACCAGAGCCAGCAGGUGGGAAGCACAGGUCAUUCUCCAGAUUUGGCACCGCACUCCUCCAGUCCGCCAUCACUGCAGAGCCAGGUGGCCGGCCUCUCUCACCUGAAUUCCCCCGGCGCAGAGUACGGCUCGGCCCUGCAGUGUUCAGCCCUGUUAUACGGCAGGACGUGGUGA